UUCUUUGUAAUUACUAUUUGCACAAACUUCAAUGCAAUCUUUAACCACUAAUAUUUUUGAUUUUGUAUUACAAAAAUUAUGGAAUCUCAUAGACUUGUGAAAUGAACUAUCUUUCUCUUUGUUGUGAGUGUGAUACAAGCCCAUAUUUGACAAAUAAGGUGAUAAAAUAAGAUCCCACAUGAAAUUUUUUUACACAUCAAUCUUAUUCAAUUCAUUAAAAUAUUACACUCCUCAAUCGCUUCUAUUGUUAAACAAAAAUCCUAACACCCAAUCACCCAAGAAUGCCAAGAUAUGAAACUGUUGAGAAAUAGAAAAACACAAUUUAGUAAACAAAAUAAAAAAAAACAUAAAAAAAAAACACCAACUUUUAGAUGUGGCUGGCCACAUGGAGGGUUACUUCGUUAGUGUUAUUUGAGUAUAGAUUACACGGUCAAUGUUACAAGGGUUAAUUUGUCAGUGUUAUAAAGACUACUCGGUCAAUGUUAUAGGGAUUGUUUUGUGUUUUUACAUAAAGUCACGUGAUGUAACCAGCUGCACACAAAAUACGCUAAAUAAAAAAUAACCCACAAUCAUUCCUUAAAUUCUUAAAAAAAAAAAAAAAGGAUUACUCCUUUAUUUAAUUUUGGUAGAAAUCAUUAGCAGUAAAAAGAAAACCCCCACGAAGGCUCAAAGCUCAAAAACUAGAGACCCCACUCCCUCACCCAUUGAAAAAGCCCAUUUCCCAGCCCAUUUCUCACACCCUCCUUCAAACUCUCCCUCUCUCUCUUUCUCUUUCUCUCUCUCUCUCUCUUUCUCACUCUCACUCUCUCCUCCAUGGAUCAACCCUUACCGGACCCAAAACCCCAACCCCCACCACAAUGGACCCCACCGCUCGAUGAACUCACCGACGAUCUCCAAUCCAUGAGCUUCAACUCCACCACAACAACCACCGCACCACGCAGCACCUCCUCCUCCGAAACCACCACCACCACCUGGACCACCGCCUCCUCCUCCCACCACCACAACCCCCAACCCUCCCCCUCUCUCUCCUCUGACCCUCGCUGGUCCGCCGUCAAAUCCCUCCCUUCUCUCUCCUUCUCCGACCUCCGCUUCCUCUCUCGCCUCGGCUCCGGCGACAUCGGCGCCGUCUACCUCUCCGAAAUCAAAGACAACGAUGGCAUCCACUUCGCCGCCAAAGUCAUGGAUAAUCGCGAACUUGCUGCUCGUAAUAAACAUGGUCGUGCUAGGGCUGAACGCGAGAUUCUUCAAAUGCUUGAUCAUCCCUUCCUGCCUACUCUCUACGCGAGUGUCGAGUCGCCUAAAUGGUCGUGUUUGUUGACGGAGUUUUGUAAUGGCGGUGAUCUUCAUGUUCUCCGUCAACGUCAGCCGUUUAAACGCUUCGAAGACUCUGCCGUCAGGUUCUAUGCAUCAGAGGUCGUAGUAGCAUUGGAAUACAUCCACAUGAUGGGUAUAGUAUACCGUGAUCUAAAGCCGGAAAAUGUCUUAGUUAGAUCGGACGGCCACAUUAUGCUCACAGAUUUUGAUCUCUCUUUAAAAUGUGAUGAACAAUCUACUCCUACACCACAGAUAAUAACCUCCUCUUCAAACCAAAACUCUCAACAAUCGAACCAACACCCGAACCUACUUGGUACGGGUCGCGACCCUAGUUCAAACUCUUCUUCAUGCAUCAUACCCAGUUGCAUUGUCCCUUCUGUAUCAUGUUUUAAUCCGAACCGAAAGAAAAAGUGGAAAACAAAGAAAAAACCCGGGCGUAGGUUCGAGCCAGAGUUUUGUGCCGAACCUGUAGAUGUUCGGUCCAUGUCAUUCGUUGGGACCCACGAGUAUCUAGCCCCGGAGAUCGUAUCUGGGGAAGGGCAUGGAAGCGCGGUUGAUUGGUGGACACUUGGCAUUUUUAUAUUCGAGCUUUUUUAUGGAACGACACCGUUUAAAGGUUCGGAUAAUGAGAUGACAUUAGCAAAUAUUGUGGCUCGGGCAUUGGAAUUUCCUAAAGAGCCCACGAUCCCAAGCUCAGCAAAGGACUUGAUAUCACAACUAUUAGCUAAGGAUCCGACCAGGAGGUUAGGUUCGGUAAUGGGUGCUACACCUAUUAAACAACACACGUUCUUUAGCAACGUAAAUUGGGCGUUGUUACGGUGCAUGAAACCACCAUAUGUACCGCCGCCAUUUAGUGUUUGUAGCGGCGGUGGUAGGGAGGUUGCUUCGGAUGAUAGUUGUCCUGAUACACCUGUGGAGUAUUAUUAGUGAAUAAUUAGUGAUAACAUAUUGGUAAAUUAUAUUUUUAAUGGAAUGGUAUAAUUUUCAUUAUUACUAGUGGUUUCCUAGUACAUAAUUUCUUCUUUUUAUUGAUUUCUAACACAAUAUUUUAUUUCUAGCUUUCUUAUCCAUUGGAACCACAUAAGGGGAAGAUAAUGAUGUCCAAAUGCUAUCUUCAAUAAUUUUUACUUACUACAUCUCCCGUUCAAAAUAAAUAAAAAAAAAAUACUCCGUAA